CGCGCGGUGUUGCGCGUCAAGAAUGGGGCGGCCAAGCUGGGCAAGCAUCCCCCCGCGCCCCCGACCGCCACCCCCGCCGAGGGUCCCCCCGGGGGGCUCUUCAUGGAGAGAUCCCAGAGCCGGCUCAGCCUCUCCGCCUCCUUCGAGGCCCUCGCCAUCUAUUUCCCCUGCAUGAACUCCUUCGACGAGGAGGAUGCCGAAGGGGACGGCCGGAGGCUGAAGGGUGCCAUCCAACGGAGCACGGAAACGGGUCUCGCCGUGGAGAUGCCCAGCCGGACACUGCGUCAGGCCAGCCACGAGUCCAUCGAGGACAGUAUGAACAGCUAUGGCUCAGAGGGCAACCUCAACUAUGGGGGAGUGUGCCUGGCAUCAGACGCCCAGUUCAGUGACUUCCUGGGUAGCAUGGGACCAGCUCAGUUUGUGGGCCGUCAGACCUUGGCCACUACAUCGAUGGGUGAUGUGGAGAUCGGGCUGCAGGAGCGGAACGGGCAGCUGGAAGUGGACAUCAUACAGGCCCGCGGGCUGACUGCCAAGCCUGGCUCCAAGACCCUUCCAGCCGCGUACAUCAAGGCGUACCUGCUGGAGAACGGGGUGUGCAUUGCUAAGAAGAAGACAAAAGUGGCUCGUAAGUCCUUGGACCCCCUGUACAACCAGGUCUUGCUGUUUGCAGAGAGUCCUCAGGGCAAGGUGCUGCAGGUGAUCGUGUGGGGCAACUACGGGCGGAUGGAGCGUAAGCACUUCAUGGGGGUCGCCCGGGUGCUGCUGGAGGAGCUGGACUUGUCGAGCCUGGCGGUGGGCUGGUACAAGCUCUUCCCCACCUCGUCCAUGGUGGACCCGGCCACGGGCCCUCUGCUGCGUCAGUCCUCCCAGCUGUCCCUGGAGAGCACCACGGGCCCCUGCGGAGACCGCUCCUAGGGCCCGGCCCGGCCCCUCGCUCGACUCGGCCAGACCCCGGACCCUGGCACCCGGCCGGCACGGAGCCUCGCAGUUCACCCUGCCCUCGGGCCGCCCCUGGGGACGCCACCCCGGGAGGCCGGGGCCCAUCUGGGCUCGGAGUUCCGGCCGGUGGGGCCUGGCAACCGGUCAACCCUCCCACCCCCCAGACACGACUCCCCGGGGCCUGACCUCCCCCCCACGUCGGGCCUAGCCCGAGAAGUUGCCGCCCCUCUCUUCCGGAAUGGACUCUGUGCCCUUUGUACUCGCCACUCUCUGAGGCCUGUUGUAGGUGGGCAUCUCGGGCGGGCGGCCUUGGGAUCGGACCUUCUAAGGAGGGAGGGCAAAGGGGUCGCCAGCUCUUCUAAGACUUUGCACUUGUCGCCAAGAUAACACAGCCCAUCCAGCCUGCAGAUUUUUCCCUUUGGGGUCCUGGGGUUGGUGCAGAGGCUGGUCCAGGGGCUCCUGGGGGCCACAAGCUACCCAUCAGGGCCAAACCACCAGCAAGUGUCUUUCCCAGGGGGCUGGGCAGGGGACCGGGGUUGCCUCCGGGACUCGGUCACCAGUAAGUUGUACCUGAGGACCCCCGCCCAAAGAGGUGGUGGAGCCAGGGGGGAUCUGAAUGAAGUCUGGGAGUUUUCGGAAAAGUCCCGAGAAGAGACCCGGGUCUUCCAGCUUGCAGGCGGAGGGCAUAUCCCAGUUGGUCAGUCUGCCCAUCUCUUGGUUGGUGGUGGUACCCUUUCUCCCCCUGGAACCUUGGGACCCUAAGCUGGCGAGGGGAGGGGCGGACUCUGAGGUUGCUCAAGGCUCCGGUCAGGUGGACCGAGCCCUCCGACCCUGAGACGGAGGCAAGGCGAUGGAGAGGAGCCUUAAGGUUCUUGCUCUGGGCGGUUGGGUUGGGGCAUGAGCGUAGUGAAAGCUACUUCCUCCCCAGCCCCCCCCCCGGGGUGAGUACACUGGCUGACCAGUAGCCCCAGCUGUUCAGAAGCUGGAAAGGCCCUCUCCUUCCCUUCGCCCAACUUGCCGCCACCCAAGUUCUCUGCCACUUUGCACCUUCUGUGACUUUUCGAGGACCCCUCCCCCUGGAAGGAGACGGAGGUGACGGUCCUGGGGUCGGACAGGGGUGGGAAGAGGUAGGGUGGGUAGCGGCAGGCUGUGUUUUGGCUUGGGCUGGCAAGUUCUAAUGGAGGAGAACUCCCCCCGGGCCCCCGACCCCUCCCUCAUUGCCGGGAAUCAUAGAGAUAGGAGUUGGAGUUAUAUUGGGGGACUCAAGGGGGGUUGUGGUCUCAUUAGGCUUCAGACACCCACUCCAGAGCAAGGGGUGCCUGCCCUGUUCUGGGGGGUAUUUAGGGAUAGAGCUCCUUGGGGACCCUUUUUUUUUUUAAAAAAAAAAAAGUCUUUAAACCAGUUCAGAAGUUGCUGCCAAUACAUCAGCAAUAUCUGCUCUGAAAAUAUUGCUGGAGGGGGAGAGGGGGACUCCAACCCCCACCGGAGAGCCAUUAAGGCCUUCUCUCCCAGGGCCCACCCCAUCCUCUGGGCUACAGGAAGCCAGUUGCCUGCUGCCCUGGGGGCAAUGUGGCCCUUUUUAACAAAGCACACUCUCCGCCACUCCUCAAGCUCCCCGUCCUGUACUCGGGAUGUAGCCAAAUCCCUCACCCCCUCACCCCCAAGUCCCUGCUCUGGAGGCACUAGGUAAGAGUAGGGAGGUAGAUUGGAUCGCACUGGUGAGGGGUGAAUGAAGGACAGACACAAAUACAUUCCACAGGUGGGGAACUGAGCAGCCGGAGAAGGGAAUGUCAGACUCCGGGCACGCUAUCACCCUUGGGUCUGACUCCAAAGAUCCUGGCGAGAGGAGGGGCGGGAACAGGUCUUUCCUUCCCAACUUCACCCUGGGGUGGGCAGAGAAGCCCGGCAGCUUCCGCCCUCCUUCAAAGCCUCCUUCAAAGAAAGGAUCGGCUGUUUUUGCCCCCCAACUCCAGACCAUUACAAGAGAUUGCUCUGAUUUAUUACUGUUGUUACUGUUCUUAGGAAAAGGUAUUUAUUAAGCAUCCGGGGCUCUGGGUCAAGGCUCAAAAAAAAAAAGAGGCAGGACAUCUCCCUCAGGGGGCUGCUUGGCUGGGCCAGGGCAGACGAGCAGGAAGAUGAGCACGCUCUUGGGAGAAGGGUUUUAGAAAAACUCUCUCACCACUGCUCCGGGGGGUGAUAGGGAGUCAGGGUCUGGUCUUCUGUUGAAUUUAUGGGACUUCUGAGUCUGGAUUGGAAAAGAGUCAAGUCUCCCACUCCCAGAGACUUUGAGUGUUAGGCCAGAGGCUCCAAUCAAUCACUGGUAUUUAUUGAGCACCCAGGGUGGGCCAAACACUGUAUUAAGCGCUCGGGCUCCCUUGACGACGGGCUGGCAGAAGGUGGAAAUCCCAGGAAACAGGAAGCCGGCUCUCGUCCCCAUUUCACAAGGACGGUGGGCGGGGGGUGGGGCUGAGCCAGCACCCGUGUUCCCAAGAGGCUUCUGGGGAUUUAGCCUUCGCCGGGGCUUCCUUUUGGACUCGUGGCCCGUGGCUGAGCCGGGCCGAGGCCAAGAGGGAGCGGACUGGGAGCGGGACCCGCCGGAGCCCCUCUCCAGGGCUUGUCGUGGAAGGUCAUCCAUUAUUCCAUGUCCCCAAAAGCAGCAACUGGAGGCCAGAGGUCACGCCUCUGGGGACCCCUGGAGGAAGAAGGGGCCCCGAUCAGCAGGAACCCAUGGCCCAGAUUCCCUUUGAUAGCUAAAUGUCCUUUUCUGUCCAUCUCUCGCCGUCCGCAGUCCUUGGAAGUGGAAGGAAUCUUUCUCUUGAAAAGAAAUUUAUAAAGCGGGGAGGUGAGGAGAGAUAUCUCUGGCUCCGGACACCGGGGGUCCUGGAGGUGACUGUCCUCCCCUUCCCCGGGUUAUUGUGCCCCUUCCAUAGGUCCUAGGGAAGAUGUGCCCGGGGCCUGGGCGCAGAGAGACCCAACACAAGGGCUUUUUGCCAGACCCACUCAGAUAGUGGGAUGGAGACUGCUUGGUGGGAAAAGGAAGGGUGUGGGAGAGUUCUUCUCCCUUCUACUUUCUGAACAAACCCUUUCCUCAAGGGAGACCGGACCAGGUACGAAGCAAUAAUCCAGCUGGCGGUGGGAGAGGCUGCAGCGGACUCUGGGAGCCCAGACUGUUUUCUCGGUCGGCCUUGUGUAGCCUCGUGGGACACGGGUGGAGUCAGGACCCGAGCCGCCCCCCGAUUUCCCGCGGCCUCUACCGCUUUCUCCUCCCCUCUCCCACCUGAGUCCGGCCCACCCACCGACUGUGGUGGGUGCGUGCGUGUGCGUAUGUGUGCGUGCAGGUGUGAGUGCUGACCCGUGGGCUCGCUCUGCAUAUUGUUGAUCGUGUUUCGCCCCCUAAGAGGGGAAAAGUAGCUGCUUUCAUCCUGCAACUGUAGUUUUGUCAAAGACUCUGUAAUCGCUCUGCUGUCAACGUGCCCCACCCGCUCCCCUUUGCUGUGGAAACAGAAGCCCCUUCACGGUCCCCUCCACAACAGGCCGGGGCCUCCGCCGGCUGGGUGGGCCGCGGCCUCUGGGAUGGGCCCAGUGGGACCAAGUAGCAGUGCUGUUUCUCCGGCCAAGAGAAAGAAAUCGAGGGCUCCGAGCUGGAGGCUGAGGGGAGGCUGCUUGGGCUUCUGGUCUCUGGGCCACGUCUUUUCCUCCCCUGAGGGCCCUGCUCUGGGGAGCAGCCCGAACCCGCUCUGGAGUCUGGCUCCGCCGCCUUAGCGCGGACCCCACAGAGAGGGCGUGUUGGCGUGGGCAAGAGCCGGGGGCUAGUCCUGUUCCACUUCUGGCCGCCAUCUUCCAUUUCUCUCAACGUGGUCUGGCCCAGCCUUCUGGAAGCCCUAUCCCCCCACCUCCUUCUCCUUUCAUCUUCCCAUCUGGAGGCAGCUCACACUGACAGUCCGGGACCUGCCCCUCUGGGCCUUUCUUUGUGGCACUGAGUUAAACCGCUCCAAAGGGAUCGGGAGAAGCCGGCUCGCCCCGGCGAACUUGGGAACGCUGCUGCCUUGGGCCAGACCAACUCACCUGGUUCCGAGGGCAGGGAGAAAAUCGAGUUUCAGAGGGGCCUGGGCUCCCCAAAAGGGCCGCGGCCAUCCACAGGUGGGACCCGCUUCCUCCCUCCCUACUCCUUUUGGGAUGAGAUUCCUCUCUGGUCUUACUUUCCCCCCCUACUCGGGAGAGGUGGUGCAGGAAGGGUGGAAUGUCAGAGUGAGGUCCCAGGUGAGCGGCUUUGACCCCUGGGGAGAAGCAGAUUCUCAUGAAGCCUCCUUUUAUUUAUUAAAUGCCAAUCGUCCACCAAUCCCAGAAAGUGGGGUGCCAACCAAUAUUCUCCCUCGUCUGGAGCGGAGAAUCCCCUGCUGGUGCCCGGCCUUUAUUUCCGACCUUCCAACCCCACUUCGGGUGGGUGGCAGGGUCACCCCAGACUCUACAGAGCCGGCGGAGCAACCGGCCACAUUUUUCGGGGAGGAGAUGGGGGGCCGGAGAGGGCUGGCUCCGACCAAGGUGGCUGUUCGGGUCAGUGCGGCUGGUGGGAUUGGCACGUCCUGUCUCGAGCUCACACUGUUGUGGAUGAUGUUGAAAAUUAAACUCUUCUUUUCUACCCCGG